UUUUUUUCAACUUUUUCCAAAAUGAGAUGAUACCGUUACCAACUAACCGUUCUCAUUAGGAUUCACCUUUCUCUUUCCUCCAUUUCCGGUUUCCCAAAUUCCCCAUCUCUCAUUUUAUUUUCUCUCCUAACAAACACAUAAAGUUUCUCUUCUCCGUCCAAAUCAUGAAUUUGAAAUCCGUUUUCCGCCGCCGGAAAAAGAAAUCCGACUCCUCCUCCAGUUCCUCCCUCGCAUCGACCAUGAUCACCACAAACCCAAUGCCGUCGCGCUCGCAGUCGCAGAACUGCAAGGCCGAGAUCGUCGCGGAGCUGGAGCAGGUCUUCAGGAGGUUCGACGUCAAUGGCGACGGCAAGAUCUCGUCGUCGGAGCUCGGAUCCAUCCUGGGCAGCCUGGGGCACCCGGCGACGGAGGAGGAGCUGGACAAGAUGAUCAAAGAGGUGGACGCCGACGGCGACGGCCACAUCGACCUCCAGGAGUUCGUGGAGCUGAACACCAAGGGCGUGGAUUCGGACGAGGCGUUGGAGAAUAUCAAGGACGCGUUCUCGGUGUACGACAUCGACGGGAACGGGUUGAUAUCGGCGGAGGAGUUGCACGAGGUUUUGAAGAGCCUGAACGACGAUUGCUCGCUGGCCGAGUGCCGGAAGAUGAUCAGCGGCGUCGAUAGGAAUGGAGACGGAAUGAUUAAUUUCGAGGAGUUUAAGGUGAUGAUGAUGAAAGGGUCACGCCUGGAUUUGAUGGACCAAUGAUUUCAUCCCCCUCUAACCAUAUAUUCUGCAUCGUCGUUUUCUUUCCUUCUUUUCUUGAGUUUCUAGGGAGAUUUCGUAGCUUCUUUUGAUGAUGAAGAUUUGUGAAUAUUUUAAGCAUUCAAUAAUUUUUUCUUUUUCAUUUUUUUAAUACUCAAUUUUUCUUUGCUUUUA